UUUUUCUGGUCUCACUAGAGAAGCCUGGUUGUUGGGAACAGCUCAAGGGGUUGCCAUGCUCUCCAUACUCAUAGCUCUUCUUUGCUGUGGGCUGUGCAAUGGGGCAUUGACAGAGGAGAUUGAAAUCAUCAUGCCAACCCCUAAACCUGAACUGUGGGCAGAGACGAACUUCCCUCAGGCCCCGUGGAAGAACUUAACCCUCUGGUGCAGAAGCCCUUCUGGCUCAACUAAGGAGUUUGUGCUACUAAAGGACGGGACUGGGUGGAUUGCAACUCGCCCAGCCUCAGAGCAGGUCCGGGCUGCCUUCCCCCUUGGCGCCCUGACCCAAAGCCACACCGGGAGUUACCAUUGCCAUUCAUGGGAGGAGAUGGCUGUGUCGGAGCCCAGUGAAGCACUUGAACUAGUGGGGACAGACAUCCUUCCCAAACCUGUCAUUUCGGCUUCCCUUCCAAUCCGGGGCCAGGAACUGCAGAUCCGAUGUAAAGGAUGGCUGGAAGGCUUGGGGUUUGCUCUGUAUAAGAUGGGAGAGCAGGAACCUGUCCAGCAACUCGGUGCUGUUGGGAGAGAAGCCUUCUUUACAAUUCAAAGAAUGGAGGAUAAAGAGGAGGGCAACUACAGCUGCCGCACACAUACUGAAAAGCAGCCCUUCAAGUGGUCUGAGCCCAGUGCUCCCCUGGAGCUUGUCAUAAAAGAACUGUACCCCAAGCCUUUCUUCAAGACAUGGGCUAGCCCCGUGGUCACUCCUGGUUCUAGAGUGACUUUCAAUUGCUCCACCUCCCGGGAACACAUGAGUUUUAUUCUUUACAAGGAUGGCAAUGAAAUUGCAUCCAGUGACCCGGUCUGGGGGAACCCGGGAACCAGCACAGCACACUUUCUGAUCAUCUCAGUGGGCAUUGGUGAUGGAGGAAACUAUAGCUGCCGCUAUUCUGACUUUUCCAUCUGGUCUGAGCCCAGCGACCCCGUGGAGCUUAUUGUGACAGAAUUCUACCCCAAACCCACUCUCCUGGCACAGCGGCCUGUGGUGCUUCCUGGGAAGAAUGUGACCCUGCGCUGUCAAGGAAUUUUCCAGGGCAUGAGGUUUGCCCUCUUACAGGAGGGUACUCAUGCUCCCUUACAGUUCCAGAGUGCCUCGGGGACCUCCGUUGACUUCCUCCUCCACACUGUUGGAGCAGAGGACUUUGGGAACUACAGCUGUGUCUACUAUGAGACAACCAUGUCCAACAGGGGCUCAUAUCUUAGUACCCCCCUUAUGAUCUGGGUGACUGACACAUUCCCCAGACCAUGGUUGUCUGCUGAGCCUAGUUCUGUGGUCACCAUGGGGCAGAAUGUUACUCUAUGGUGCCAAGGACCAGUCCAUGGAGUUGGGUACAUUCUGCACAAAGAAGGAGAAGCCACGUCAAUGCAGCUUUGGGGUUCCACUAGCAAUGAAGGGGCAUUCCCUAUCAUCAAUAUAUCUGGUGCUAGCAUAGGACGUUAUAGCUGCUGUUACCACCCUGACUGGAUGAGCCCUAUCAAGAUACAGCCUAGCAACACUCUGGAACUCAUAGUCACUGGUUUACUCCCUAAGCCCAGCCUGUUAGUCCAGCCUGGUCCCAUGGUAGCCCCCGGAGAAAACAUGACUUUUCAAUGUCAAGGAGAACUGCCAGAUUCGACAUUUGUCCUGUUGAAGGAGGGGACACAACACCCCAUAGAACAACAGAGGCCAAGUGGGUACAGAGCUGACUUCUGGAUGCCAGUGGUGAGGGAUCAAGAUUCUGGUGUUUACAGCUGUGUUUAUUAUCUGGAUUCUGCUCCCCUUGUGGCUUCUAAUCACAGCAACUCUCUAGAGAUCUGGGUGACCGAUAAGCCCCCUAAACCCUCUCUGUCAGCGUGGCCCAGCACUGUGUUCAAACUAGGAAAGGAUAUCACCCUUCAGUGAGGACCCCUGCCAGGAGUUGAAUUUAUGCUAGAACACGAUGGAGAAGAGGCCCCCCAACAGUUCUCAGAGGAUGGAGAUUUUGUCAUCGGCAACAUGGAAGGGAAAGGCAUUGGAAACUACAGUUGCAGCUACCGGCUGCAGGCUUACCCUGACAUCUGGUCAGAGCCCAGCGACUCCCUGGAGCUGGUUGGAGCCGCAGGGCCUGUUGCUCAAGAGUGCACUGUGGGUAACAUUGUCCGAAGUACCCUGAUUGUGGUGGUUGUGGUAGCCUUGGGGAUAGUGCUAGCCAUAGAGUGGAAGAAGUGGCCUCGACUUCGGACUAGGGGAUCUGAGACAGAUGGGAGAGACCAGACCAUAGUCCUUGAAGAGUGUAACCAAGAUGGAGAACCCGGCACUACCACCAAUUCUCCUUCAUCUGCUUUGCAGGGUGUCUCAGUGGAACAAACAGUCCCAAUAUAAUUACCCUCUCCUUUACAAGAGCUUUCCUCUUCUGUCUUUUACCUGCAGAGACCUGAGAAUCCCACUUGUUUACCCUGGAAUUCCGCAGCAUUUACUGCUUCUUGACCUCUAACUGCCUGAGUUGGGUCAAGAGGGUUCUGGGAGUGACAAGCUCUACCAGGUCAAGCUGUUUCCUUUAUCUCUCUAACUCCUCACCAUACUGAUUUACUGGUGCAUGCGAUUCUGUUUAAAAUGUCUUCUUCUGAAUAAAGAGACUAUUCACUAUUUAACUGCAAACCA